GGCUAGUGUUAGGUUCAAUGAAAAACACUUUCGAAGGAGUCCUCGCACUGCUAGCAAGAUCUAAUCUGAAAUAGAGAAAACCUUUCUCUUUCCAUUGAAAGAAGACCAAGCUCUCAUAACGCAGACACUCUUGUUCCAUGGCAAAUGCAUGGAAAAGAGAUAAGCAAACCAGAUUCCUCUCCCCGAAGUUCCUCUUUUUACUCUUCCCUUCCACUCUCCUCCUUCUCUUCUUCGCAUUCCUUACCCCGCGUUUCUCAUACACCUCUACCUCUGCUCUCAUUGCCCGUAGCACCUUCCUCUCCUUCAAAGCAGUCUCCCCCUUCGACUGUUCCGCCUCUCCUCAGGCUCACCCCGUCGUCGCAAACACCGUCGAGGGCGUGCGCUACCCCUUCCUCUUCUCCCUCUCCGAUUUCGGAACCCUCCCCGACAAGCCUCACAAGAACAUUGUAAGGAUGCUCAAAGGAAAGCCCUUUCGCAAGCCCGACAUCUCCGUCACCAUUCAGGACCUGCUCUAGAAGGCCAAGAGCGAGGGCAAGGAUGGGUUGGUCGUCGACGUUGGUGCCAACGUGGGUAUGGCCACCUUCGCCGCCUCUGCCAUGGGGUUUCAGGUUCUGGCGUUUGAGCCCGUGUUCGAGAAUUUGCAGAAGAUCUGUGAAGGGAUUUACUUCAACCGAGUUGCGGAUUUGGUCACUGUGUUCGAGGCCGCUGCGUCGGAUCGCGUUGGUAACAUUACCGUUUACAAGUUGCUUGGUAGGUUAGACAACAGUGCUAUUUCUGCCACGGGUGCAAAGUUGGCAUUUAAGUCCAAUGAAGAGGUAGCUUUUCAAGUAAAGACUGUUCCUCUUGAUGAAGUGAUUCCUGAAUCCCAGCCUGUUCUUCUGCUAAAGAUAGAUGUUCAGGGCUGGGAAUAUCACGUUCUAAAAGGAGCAUCAAAGUUGCUUUCCAGGAAAGGAAGCCAAGCCCCAUAUCUCAUAUACGAAGAAGAUGAGCGCUUGUUACAGGCCAGUAAUAGCACUGUAGAAAAGAUUCGAGGCUUCCUCCAGAGUGUGGGUUAUCAUGAUUGUACUCGACAUGGCACAGAUGCACACUGCGUCAAGAAGGAUCGAUCGUAAUAUUGGUUUUCUGUUUUGCAGCCCCUAGAUGGAAAGCCAAGUUAUUGCCAGUUGUAAUGUCAGCUAAUUCAUGAGUGUUGAAUUCCUAUGCUGAUAGAAACGAUUUAUGCCGGGUGGCUACAUCGCUAACUGCAAGCUUUCGCAAUCUCUAUCAGUCCACGAAGUUUGAAAUGCAUCUGUUAUUGUACAUGCAUUACCUUAAAUUAUGAUUCUUGGGGUAGGCUUCGUGAUUUUCUAUACCGGCCUUUAUUUGUAGGCAUUCGUUUAAUGUAUUCUACAAUUAUAUUCUUGAAAUCUAUUUAUAAAAACUACUUGUGUAUCAA